AUGGCGGCCGACAUCGACAUCAAGUUACGAACUUAUUGCGCAACAAACAUUUACAGGUACACAUCCGGUGCAGAGCUCAUUCCUUCCAGCGUCGCAGCGGGUUCGAGCACCCAGAACCAGGUGCUGGCGGCCCCGGUCGUUGGGACGGAAGUUCCCUGGGCGAUGACGCCGGAUACUGCCAAUACCUACGCCGCCGGAGCGGUUGUGACUGCCAAUGAGGAUCCAGUAAUCGUGGACGAUAGCGUCACAAUCAGCGACACUAAGACGUCACAGCCGAUAUUUACCAUUGACGUCACGGAUGCGGACACAACCGAUCUCGUGGCGGUUACUUCCGGUUUCAGCGUCAUGAAGACUGCCGGAAGUUCCCUUUUCUCGGUGGUUAAGACUGCCACGGGAUAUGAUAUUCGCAGCGGCGCCUCCUUGAGUGCCGGAAGUUAUUCACUGACUAUCACUGCCACCGACCGCUGCGGCGACACUUCCACCGGAACAAUUACAGUCACCGUUACGAAUACAGCCCCGGUGUUUGUUCCGGUUUCUCUUCUGACCGUUCACCCGACCCCGAUCAGUGACGCCACGACAACGGCUAGGUCUCUCUAUGCAUUUGACAUCACGGACACGAACCCAAUUACGUGCACAGUCGAUAACACCAAGUUUGAAAUCAAAACGGUUGGAUCAGCCUACGAACUUUGGCUGAAGGCGGGGUCAGCGAGUACGCUGAAUCAUGACGCCACCGCUGUAGAAUCCAUGACGAUCACGUGCAGUGACGGGACGGACCAAAUCACCAGCAGUUACAAGGUGGACAUUUCGGACGCGGCCCCCGUUCUAACCAAUUUUGCCGGUACUUCCGGUCCGCUGGAUGACCUAUCGCCAGUGGGCACUUCCGUACAUCAGUUCACCGUUACCGACCAGGAUGACGCUAUUUCCUGUUCCAUCAACGCGCCGGAGAGUGCAAAGUUUGGCAUCACCAAGGUGGAUACCGCUACCGGAGCUCAACGGUUCGACGUCAAGACGAUUGCCCUGCUUGAUUAAGACUCUGCUACGAGUUAAACGAUCACCGUCACGUGCACUGAUGCUAUCAACACUGUGAC